AUGGGUUUGGUAAAGGCGGUGCUUCGCGGUGUCGUGGUUGAUUUGGAUGGGACGCUACGGAUCCCGCCCACGCUCGACCUGCGGGCGCUGAAAGCCACGGUCGCGAGCCGUGUCUACUCAUCCCCAAAGGAAGCGGAGCUGGCAUUGCAGGCGGUAGAAAGGGCUGGGAGGUCCAACAAAUGGGCACUCCCUGGGGCGGCAGAGGUAUGCAGCUUUAUCGACUCCAAGAAGCUCCGGCGCGGGAUGAUCACCCGGAGCAGCAGAAGAGACGCGGAGAAUUUCGAGGCGGGGGAGCUGGCCGUCGGUUCCAGAUUCUCGCCGAUACUUGGGAAUGAGGCCUCGGCGAUGAAGCCGUCCCCUCAGCCGCUGCUGCGCGUGUGCGAAACGUGGGGCGUCAAGCCUGGCGAAGUUUUGAUGGUGGGAGAUUCCGCGAAGGACGAUGUUGCGUGUGGGAAGAGCGCGGGGGCGAUGACUUGCUUGGUCGAUCCACUGUUUCGCUACAGGAUUGACGAGCUCCCUCUUCACCAGCGACCCGAUUUCAAGGUGCAUUCGCUCCAUGAGCUCAAGGCGCUCAUCGACGACAUGGUGUGUAUGAGACCGAGGGAGAGAUGA